CACUCCCCUUUAAAACCCCCGCCACUGUCCUCACCUCAGAGGCUCAGACACCUCGAAGUCGAGAAGAGCUAGCUAGCGGCCAGCAAUGGCAGCCAAGUGGUGGGUCACCGCCUCCCUGCUGCUCUGCCUCGCCGUGGCCGGGGCGGCGGCGAGAGGAACGCCCCGCGGCGACUGCGACGACACCGCCACCUUCGCGUCCCCCGCUGCCGUCGCCGGCGACGACGACGACGACAGCGCCGUGGAGGAGGCCAAGACCGCCGACGUGUUCGGCGGCCGGACCGGCGGCGGCGGCCUCUUCGGCGGCGUCCACGGCCCGCUGGGCGGGGGUGUCGCGGGGUUCGGCCCGUUCGGCGGGGCCGUCGCCGGCGCCGGCCCGUUCGGCGGGUUCGGUGGAGGCGGCGGCCUCGGCGGCGGCGGCGGCGGCGGCGGCGGCGGCGUCCCGUAAGGUGUGUGUGUGUGUGCAUGGCUAGAGUUGCAACGUCGUGCCUACAUACGUGGCUACGUGACCUGUGUGCGUGUAAUAAGGUGCACGUACGCGUGUGCCACAAUGCCAGAGCUCGUAAUCUGGCCUCGUGGCUGAGGGCGUACGUCACGGUCGCGUAUGCGCGUAUCGGCGUAUACGUGUGCCUCGGUGUACACGUGUCAAAGAUCCAGAGCGUGUGUAUGUGUGUGUGUGUAGUAGUAGUAGUAGUAGUAGAGUGUGCUGAUCGAUCUGUCGAGUCGCGCCUUGAUCAUGUGUUGGAUUUGUAUUUUGUACCCCCCGAUGGUUUGCUCAGCUUGGAACCACCGUGUGCA